CAAACGGGAGACGAUCAAAGACAAGGUAAAACAUUACACUUUCACCACCGAGUGAAAGUUCCUCUCUGAAGAGUUGUUCCUUAUCACACACAUACAGCCACCACUCGGUGGACAUAGCUUUGCACCACUGGGCCGUUCGAUUUUUCACUUACAGGCAACUUCAUGAUAUCACAGGCACCGUUAAAGCCAAGGUGAAAGAUCACUCUCUCAUCCCCUUUGCACUAUACGAUCCCAAUUUUUAUCUGGACAUCCCACUUUACCGUUAACUCUUAGCCAUCGCGUUACCGGAACACUAAAUAAAUCUCAAAAUGUGUCAGUUAAGAUAUAUUCUCACUAUUGGAAUUUUGGGACUUUCUUCAUGCGCUGUGGGAACAUUGCCCGAUUACGUAGCAGAAGAUGCCAAUCCAAGUGUGCACAUAAACUUAAAAAAUUGUGGAAAUGGAGUUGUUGACUUGGGUGAAGAGUGCGAUUGUGGACCCGUAGCCCAAAAAUGUCGCGAAGAUUCUUGUUGUCAAACAAAUUGUCAGUUUAAGCUGCACGCGCAGUGCUCUAGUCGCGAACCGUGCUGCGACGAAAAUUGCAAGUUCAAAUCGAAAGGGAGCGUUUGUCAAAUAGCCACCCACGACUGUGGAAUUUCAGAAUACUGUUCAGGAGACCGCGGAUCAUGUUCUGCAACUUCCUACAAAAGAAAUGGUGCUAAUUGCGUGGGGGAAUUUGGGAGAGGGAUUUGUAUUGCAGGUCUUUGCAAAUCUUUUGAUCAACCGUGUCAAGAUUCUUGGAGGACCUCCUCAGAAUCAGAGCCAAUGAGGGAUUCUUCAAAGUGUGGAUCGGGUUACAUAUGCGUAAACCAGUCAUGUACCGCAGUGAGAGAAUUCGUUAGUACUCGAAAUUCUUGCCCCAAGGGGAACAACGGAUUGGAGUGUUCGGGUCAAGGGGAGUGCACGACAAAUUACCACUGUCACUGUUUCCCAGGCUGGCGUGACAGCAACUGUUCAGUGAAAGAUAAUUCCAACGGGUCAAAAAUUAAUGAAGAGAAGCCCGGUAUUGUAAAAGGGCUGGGCCCAGAACAGCGAGAUUCAACCUCUAACACCACAGCCCUCGUUAUGGGUCUAGUGUCAUGUGUCAUAAUUGUCUCGGUUAUCUUUGUCGCAAUGGCUGUCCGAUAUCUUCCAUCUCGACCGCCGAAAGACGACAGCAUUGUCUACCCACCUCCUGAUCAGUCUGAACAUGCGGAUCAGAACAAUCACCACCACGACCGACCAAUUCUUCCGUCUGGAGAGCCUCAAAAUCAUGUCUCGUAAACUCAUUAAAAGUAUUAUCUGUACGUAUAUAGCAGAUGCACUUUUCUAAUGUUCACCUCUUGCAUUUACAAUCAACGAAGGGGAUUCAUUUAUAUUUAGUCAAUUAAAUAAAGUGCAUUGUAGACUUUCCUAGUCAUCUAACCUUUUUAAGGUCAAGAUCAACCCAAUCUUACUUUUAUUGCAAAUUAUACCAAAAUUGUAUUCCAAACUACAAAAUUAGUAUAGCUUUAUUACCAUUUUAUUUAUCAAUAUAAUUAUUUGAGAGGACUCGAUGUCUGAUGGAUCUUAUUACUCUUUCGUGUUUCAAGUUUGACACUUGGAAGUCCAUUUUUGUAUGUAGACUUGUACAAGUCCAAUUGUGAGACCUUUUUGGUGUCAUUUUAGCCCAUUCCUUUGACGUCGGGCUGUACACUUCUUCAUGAUGAUAGAGUUCCAAAGGGGACGUGUUGAAUUGAAUUAUUUGAACCACUAACUACCACUAACCAACCAUUACUAAAAACACAAACUUUAUAAUCAAAUCUUUGUGUCCCAUACGUAACGUAAGGCUGUAGCUGAACUAUGCAAAACAUUUAAAAAUAGAUGAAAGCUUUAAUCAAGUAAAUUAUAUAAUUGCAUAUUUAUAAGAAACUUGUAAACUAGCGUAAUAAUAAUACUUUGCAAACAAACUGAAAAGUCAUGAUUACAAUAACAAACAUAAAUAUACAAUAUUUAGUCCUUCUCCCAUUUAAAUUAUAAAAAUUAAGAACCACUGUUGAAAAUUAAUAACUACUGACCGAAUAUUAAUAACAUUACCAAUAAAACAAAUAGGGAAUGCUCAUGAGGGGUAACUGAGGAGUUGACAAAUUGCAAUAACAAAGAGUUGGGGUUCGCUAGUGUUCUUUUCAUGCUCAUAAAUUUAGAAUGUGUACAUAAGCGAUUAAAUGAAA